CUGAGCCCUUCCUCCACGUGGCGCCCCUCUGCAGGCGUCGGUGUCGCGGCGGCGGCGGCGGCGGCGGCGACAGUGACAGCGGCGGCGGUGGCAGUUGCAGCUGCGGCGGUUCGGCCUCACAUGGAGUACUGUUCCCAUCUCUGGGCUGGGGCUCCCCAGUGCCAGCUCCUUCCACUCGACCGCAUCCAGCGCAGAGCGGCUCGAAUCGUGGACAACCGAGUCCUUUCCGAACGGCUCGACUCAUUGGCGCUGCGAAAAGAUGUUGCAUCUCUUUGCAUUUUCUUUCGCAUUUACCACGGGGAGUGCUCUAAGGAAUUGUUCGGAUUAAUCCCAGCCGCCAAAUUUCACGAACGCACAUCGCGGCAGAACUCCCGAUACCAUCCACACCAUCUGGAUGAUUGGCGGUCCACCACUGUACGAUUUAGAAGAUAUUUUCUUCCUCGCACAACUUCCUUGUGGAAUAGUUUACCACCAGCGAUUUUUCCGGACCGAUACGACUUAGGGACCUUCAAGAAAAGAGCCUACUCCUUUUUAAAAGGCCGGCAACGCAUCUGCAAUUCCCCUGGUGUUGCGGUUGUUCAUGGGCGGCGGUAG